AAGAGAAGCUGAGAAUCAAGAAGCAGUAUAUCAUAUAAGCCUUGUUAUAUUGGAAGUAAAAUAAGAUUUUUAGUCUAACGUCCCUGCUUAGCUUUUGAUCUUUUCUUUUUAUUUUGAAUCAUGUCAGAUCAAUCGAAUGCUGGUAAAGCAAAUCAAACUGGUGGUAAGCUGAAUGCAGCAAACACUGUUAAUAUUCGAACAGAUUCAAACAAUCCACUUAAGUCUUCGAUCAAUGAAAAACGGAACCCAUUAAAUGCAGAAAAACGGUAUCCAUCCGGUUCAGAAACACCAACAUCGAAAGCUGCUCAAACUCCUCAAACGGGUAGAACCCAUGCAUUAACAUUGAACCAAUCCCCAGCAUCUCCUAAUAUUUCAUCUCUGGUACUUCAGUCAAAUAAUAGUGAGUCAAGUUCUGGGGUUAAUACUACGGCUCCUAGUGGUGCAGUGCCACCACCUUUGAAAGCAACACAAUCAGUAUCAUUUUGCGAUUUAGAUGGACAAGAGAGAUCAAGAAGAUUCACUAUAUCUGCACAUCCAUCGAGUGCUAACGUUACUACAACUAAUCAAGAAUCAAGUCAAGAGGGGGGUAUUAUUGAAGAGCAAGAAGGAACGCAUGUACAACAGCCACAACCUCAUAAAUUGAAUAGAGAUUCAUCAAUUUUGUCAUCUCGAAAAGCAUCAUUUCAAAACAGUUCAACACCAAGUUCUAAUAUUAAAGCUCAAAGCAGACAAAAUUCAUCUUCUAAUAAUGACGUAUUACAAUUUUUGGCUAAUUCAAACUACAAACAACAAAAAGAAAAUACACCUAAUGUAAGUCAUGGUUACUUUACUUCAAGUAAUAAUUCAUCCCGAGUUAAUUCACCAACACUUGAUAAUUCCCAUUUUAAAACAAAUUUCAACUUAGAUUCAACUAGUGAAUUGAAAAAAUCAAAUAAUACAUCACCACCGCCACCACCUUCAGCCAUCCCCACUUCAAGCUCGCUGCAAGAAAUAACAAGUCCAACAGAUCAGCAAAGAAGUCUACCUAUCAAGAUUCAAAGUAGUUCCAAUAGUAAUAGUGCUAACGUAUCCAGGAAAAAUUCCACUAGUAUUAAAAAAUCAAAUAAAACAAUUGUUGCUUCACCAGUUGGACCACCAGUACCAUUUCAGCAAUAUUUAACUAAAGAAGAUGAUGGGAAAUUUCAUAUUUUACUUGCAUGUACUGGAUCAGUAGCCACGAUCAAAGUACCAAUGAUUAUUGAUAAGUUAUUUCAAAUAUAUGGAACUAAUAAGAUAUCAAUUCAAUUAGUUGUUACUAAAUCAGCCGUUCAUUUUUUGAAAGGGUUGAAAAUACAUAAUGAUGUUAAGAUUUGGAGAGAUGAAGAUGAAUGGGCAAAUUAUAAUGAGAGCUGGUCAACGACUACUACCACCACAACGGAGAGUAAUAAUAAUUUAAAUGUAAAUAAAAAGGCUAAGAAUCCGUAUGAAAAAUUGAUUUUACAUAAUGAAUUAAGAAAAUGGGCAGAUAUAAUGUUAAUUGCGCCAUUAUCAGCCAAUACAUUAGCCAAAUUUUCCAAUGGGAUUGCUGAUAAUUUAUUAACUUCAAUUAUAAGGUCCUGGGGCCCAUCUACAUCUACCAGUAAUGAUACUUUAUCGAAGCCGAUUUUGGUGGCACCAGCAAUGAAUACAUUUAUGUAUACCCAUCCAAUUACUUCUAAGCAAUUGAAGUUAAUAUCAUCGAGUGAUUUUGGAAUUGAAGUAUUAAAGCCGGUUGAAAAAGUGUUGGUAUGUGGGGAUAUUGGAAUGGGAGGAAUGAGAGAAUGGUCGGAUAUAGUGGAUAUAUUAAGAAGAAGAAUCACUGCAUUGAAAGCAGAGAAACUUGAUGAUGGGUUACAUGAAGAGGAGGAUGAAGAAGAGGAUGAAGAUGAAGAAGACGAAGAGGAAGAUGAUGAAGAGGAAGAUGAUGAAGAUGAAGACGAUGAAGAUGACGACGAGGAUGACGACGAAGAUGACGAUGCAACCAAGAAUGAUGAUAUGAUAUUUGAGAUUACUGAUUCCGAGAUAAAAGACGGAGUCAAGACCAAAGAAGAAUUGAGUAAUAAAAUCACUGAACAACAACCACCUGAAACGCAGAAUAUAUUAUAGAAUUACAAGAAGAAUAGAUCAGGAGGUUAUUUCAUUUGCAAGUUCAAAUUUUUAGCGUAUUCAAAGUAUUUAUCAUUUAAAUUAUUUACAAACGAGUCUAAAUCCAAAUCGUGUUGAAUAACGUUGGCUAGACUUGAUUGAUUUUGUAGGAAUUGAAUCAUCAUAUAGUUGUAUAAUAAAC